UGGCUGCUUGCUACGGCUGGAGUUCUUCGCGGCUAUAUUUUCUUAUUUUCUAUUUGUUGUAGCAGUUUUUUAUUUAUGGAAAUACAUUGCCUUAUUACAAAUAAUGUAAGUCAAUGUGUGUAAUAUAAAUUUUAGCGUAUACUGAAGAUGCCAGUUAAUUUAUUAUCAGAAACUAAAAGAGGUGUAGAGAAAACUAAAUUUUCGCUGUCACUCAAUAGAAAUAAUGCAGCUAAAUUGAGCAAGGAGAAUAAAUCUGCGAGUUUAAAAAACUGCACUCGCCCAGAAUCUAACGACAAUAAAGAAAAUAAACCAGCGAAAAGGCCUUUAAUAGGCACAUAUCAUAAUACAUUGCAAGCCGCUAAGAAAUUAAAACCUCUGACAGACGUGGCUAAGCCUCCAGAAUCAUCGACAGAGUCUCGGCUGGUAGUUGAGUUGCCGCUAGGAAACUCUGCCAUGUUGAAUGGCCACCAUGCGUCAGACAACCAGUAUGGAGGGACUACACAGUGGAAGGCUCCUAUUGCCACUCUCUCCAACCUCGGGAAUACUUGCUUUUUGAACAGUGUGCUUUAUACUUUAAGAUAUGCACCCCAAUUCGUCCAUAACCUGCACCACUUGGUGUCAGAUCUCAGCAGGGUGGAACAGAAGCUGGGCAGCAUCAGGCUGAAGAGUUCCUCGUUGGGACGCAGUGCGGCCGGUCUGGCGUCCUCCGGCACCAGGUCGUGGAGCAGCAAGGACCUGCUGGCGCUGGGACAGACAGACACCAGCGCGGCCAAGAGCAAGAUACAGAUAGCAACUGAGAAACUCCACGAAACAUACUUGAGCCUGCGCGCUGCAGAGAGCAAAUGCCUCCACAGCGGCGCGGCCGACGCCACGCCAGAGCCUUACGCUGCGGACGCCUUCCUGGCAGCUCUGAGAGAAGUUAACGCCACAUUUGAAGGCAAUCGUCAACAGGAUGCGCACGAGUUACUAGUUUGCAUCCUGGACAGCAUACGGGAAACGUGUCGAGCGCUGAGCGCGCGCGCCUCGCGGUUACAGCUGCAGGAGAAUGGAGACAGUAACGGUAUAGGUCGUCAACCAAACCUCGACGCCGACGGCGGCAAAACGCUGGGGAACCUGCGCAAGUCGUGGAAGAAGCGCAAAGAACUGAAGACCAACGACAAGCGCAACUCACCCUCGGACGAGCGAGCGCCUUCGCCGGACCCCGAGAAAGACGAGCGGUCUCGACCCGGCUGGGACUUUGUUGCGGACGACUUUGAAGGCACGAUGGUGGUACGGACGAUGUGCCUGGAGUGCGAGGCGGUGACGGAGAAGGCUCAGGCGGUGUGCGAGCUGUGCGUGCCCGUGGGCGACGACGACACGCCCGAGGAGCCCUUCCGCGCCGCGUGUCUCUCCAGCGAAUACCUCCGCGACCAAAACAAGUACUGGUGCGAGCGCUGUCUCCGCUACAACGAAGCGCGGCGAAGCGUAGCGUACUCGCGCCUGCCGCGCCUGCUGGUGCUGCAGCUGAAGCGCUUCAGCGGCGGCAUGGAGAAGAUCACCCGCCACGCGCCCACGCCGCUGCUCAUGCCGUGCUUCUGCGAGCCCUGCGCGAGGCGCGCACCCGACCAGUCGCCCGCUCACAGAUACAUCCUCUGGGCAGUAAUAAUGCACCUCGGGCAGACCCUCACCGGCGGCCAUUACGUCGCGUACGCGCGAGACAGCUCGCAAGCGGAUACCAAGUGCGAGCGAGAGGGAGGAGGCGACGCGUCCACCACCAACAGCGGCUCCAGCUUCAUGAGAACACUCUUCAACCGUCCCAGACCUUCACCCGCAGGCUGCACAGCAAACGAAUGCUGCGUCCCUCGAACCAGGCCGGAAGCGUGCUGGCUCGCCUGCGACGACGACCUAGUCAAACCCAUCUCCAACGAGGAGUUCGAAGACCUCCUCUCCGCCGAGCCCAAGAUGCGCUCCGCCGCCACGCCCUACCUUCUGUUCUACGUCAAGAGUGAGGUCGGCUAGUGCCGGUGCGCCCACCCCCUUGUAGCGGUGUGGCGAGCGGGAAACAAAUGUAUGGGGAUUACAAAAGAACAAUCGCAAAUGAUUUAGAUAUUCGAUUAUGUCGUUCCAGACCGUUCGCUGCUCAUUCGUAACGGAUAGAGUUUAAAAAAACAAUCUAAUUAAUGGAACGAUUGAUUGUCGAUUUUUUAAAUCGAUUGUUUUUUGUGAAUAUGAACAAAACGACAAUCGUUAGCUCGAUUCAUUUAAUUGCUUUUUUUUUCACAUCAUUAAUUCAUAUUACUACUGGCUGGCCCACUGUUUCGAGCGAACGCGAAGCUAAAGCGAUGGCAGCGGUGUGGCUUCAUACAUUUGUCUGCCGCUCGGCCCGCCGCGAUAUAAAACCGCCAAGCGGAAAGGUCGGGCCAGUUUUGUGUGUGACCAGUGAAAGUGAUAUCGUUCAAAGACCAAAGUUAAUACGGGCAGUGUUCAUAGUUGAUACUAUCGCGACCUGUCAUCCAAAUGUAUUAAAAAAUCCUGAAUUACUGAGUCUGUCAACAUCCUCUUCAACCUAUAUUGCUGAAAUUUUGCACAGAGGUGUUCUUUAUAAUAAUAGACAAGUAAUAAGGCUGGAAUUUUCGAAAUUCCCACGAGAGUAAAGCUGCGAGCAAUCGCUAGUGUAUAUAAAAUAAGAUGACAUUUUAAUCGUCCUACAAACAACCCAGUCAAUUCUGUUGCACAGAAUUUCUAAACUAGACCGGUCGAAAUCUAAUGCUUAUUCUUUUCAGCAUAAAGCAUUAUGAAAGGGAUAGCAAAGUUAAACCAAUGGGGUCUGUGUUCAAAACAAAUUAUAGCCAUCAAACUCAUUUGACAUUGGUUGGUUUUCUAUUGCUGCUGCACUGAGUAAUAUUAUUAUUAAUCAAUAAAUAUUUUUUCGUAGAAAACCUCCAAUGUCCUCUCAAGUUAAAAAUAAAUGUCUAAUGAGCGCGGUGGCUAUAAUUCAGUGUUGAUCACUGAGUUAGCGAAUCACCCCGCUGGCGAUUGCACAAUCGUUGUUUGCUGUCAACAUGACAGUUCCGUAUGUUAUUUUACUUUAGCCGGCUCUGGGUUCCCCUUGAGCUCAUUUGAGCUUUUCAGUUUUGUAUGAGAUGACAGUUCGCGACCGAAUAGCAACUGAUGCGAAAGAAACAAUGUAUAUGUAAGAUAGUUUGGAGAAUCCUUUCCGCAAUGGUCGCACAUUAACGUCCAGAAAGAGCGAAACUCCUCGAAUCGUUUUGCACGUAUGUGCGUCCAAAAGACUCAUUCAACGCGCGAGAAUUUAUGCCUCUCCACACGAGGCACAUCUCGACUAGCGUGAUAUACGCGCGAAUCGAGAGUCUGGCGUGUUACACGCGGUUUACGCGCGUAUUAUAAAUUCGCGCGAUUCUUCUGGACGCGGUAUAUUAGCGCCCAGUACCUCGCCAACGCGCAUAUGAAUUCGCACGAAACCAUUUGCGGCGAACUCGCUUCUUCUGGUCAAGGUCUUACCCGGUCGGCUAAUACUCUGCUUUGAACAAAAUAGUCUGUGUAUAUGUUUAUUGGUAUAUUACCAAUAGUACCGCACCCCUCAACUCAUCAGUGAUAUAAGUGUUUCUGUAGCGCUGAAUAUAAUUUGAAUGAUUUUUAUUGUAGAGUUUAUUUUAGAAUUUGCAAACUUAUCUUUACUAAACAUUAUAAUUUUUGAUGCUUUGAAAAGACAAUUUAUAGGAGGCAAUUGUACCAAUUCUGUUGUAUGCGAUCUCUAAAUUAAAUUGACAGAUUUAAAACUAAUGCUAUCCUCUUCAGCAAAGAACAGUGAGAAAGAAAGCACUAUAUUUAAGCCUGUCAAUCUAGUUUAGAGAUUGAGUACAGCAGAAUUGGUACCAAUGUAUGUAAUAAUAAUCUAAUAUGAGUCAGCCUGAAGUGAUAUUAUGAAUGUAGCGAAAAAU